AGGAUUUAGGGUUUAUGCGAGGGAAAUGGUUGCGCCUGGCGGCAAACACAAGCGCUUCUUCGAGGUCGGCGAUAGCGAUGAGAAUAAAUCGGAUGAGGGGCCGAAGAAGCAGCGCAAGGAAUUGGAUCCCGACGUCGAGAAGCGAUUGAUUGAAGCCAAAGUGAAAGCACUUCCUCAAAGCAAUGAGAACACCGACACUAUCAAGCCGAAAAUCAGGAAAUACAAUCGGGGAGAACGACUCUCCGUGAAAGGAUUGAAAGACAAGAAGCUCAAGUCUCAGCUCAAAACCAAAGAAGAUUUGUUUGAGAAAUCUGCUCUUACAGCCGCGAAAGUAGAGCAAUGGCUUCUACCGAGCGAAGGUGGAGCUUUAGAGGCGGACGAUGGAGAAAAUACCUAUGACUACACUCAAGAAGAUAUCGUGAAGAACGUUGAUAUUUCAAGCGCGCACAAAGCGUUUGAUCUCAGACUUCCAGACUUGGGUCCUUACACGAUAGAUUACACUCACAGUGGUCGAUAUGCGCUUAUUGGCGGCCGGAAAGGACACCUUGCCGUGAUCGAUUGGAAAACUAAGUAUCUCAUGAUGGAAACUCAAGUGAAAGAGACUACACGCGAUAUCAAGUUCCUGCACAACGAGCAGUUUUUUGCUGCUGCUCAGAGCAAAUAUAUUUACAUCUACGAUAAAAAGGGCGCUGAAGUCCACUGCCUAAAGGAAUUUGUAGCUCCACUGAAACUGGAGUUCCUUCGACACCACUUUCUCCUAGUCAGCACCAACAAGGCCGGAGUCCUUCACUACCAGGACACAAGCACGGGUCAGAUAGUGGCAAAUUACUCUACGAGACUGGGACCUUGCCGUGUUCUUCGAGCGAAUCCUUACAAUGCCGUCGUGAGCCUGGGCCACAGCAACGGGACAGUGACUCUGUGGACUCCAAACAUGGGUACACCUUUGGUGAGGAUGCUGUGUCACAGAGGCGCUGUGACUUCCACGGCAUUCGACAUGGGAGGGAGCUAUAUGGUAACAGCAGGCGCAGACGCGAGGAUCAAAGUCUGGGACAUACGAAAGAUGCAGGCUCUUCAUUCCUACAUGGCGUUUCAGUCGACCAAGUCGCUAGACGUAAGCCAGAAAGGCUUGCUCGCGGUCGGCAGUGGCUCCACGAUCGAGAUCUGGAAGGAUGCGUUUCAAGUCAAGCAGGAAAAGCCAUACAUGAAGCACAGGCUCUUCCAGAACUCGACCAUCCAGGAUUUGAGCUUCUGUCCAUACGAAGACGUGGUUGGGAUUGGUCACACAGGGGGAGUGACAUCCAUUCUCGUCCCCGGCUCGGGAGAGCCAAACUUCGACAGCUUCGUGGCGAAUCCUUUCCAGACAGUGAAGCAGCGGCACGAAGCGGAGGUCCACGCGCUCCUGGACAAGCUCCAGCCGCAGACGAUCAUGCUGGAUCCUCAGAAGUUUGGAGCGGUGGACAAGAACCCCCGGAAGAACUUGCGGGAGCAGGAAGAAGAGGAGGACGAGUCGAAGAAGAUCCAAGGCCAGAAGAAGGCCAAGCGCAAGACCAAAGGCCGGAACAAAGUUGGCAAGAGAAUGGCGAAGAAACAAUUGGAGGCUUUCGGCACGAAGCGAUCGAUAAUUCGCGAGCAGCAGCAGCAGCAAAAGCAAACGAAAGGAGCUCUCGUGAAGGAACGAGAGGAGCCUUUGCCACGAGCACUGGAACGCUUUGCUAGCUAGAUCAACCAACGGCCCAGAUCGAUUUGAGUUUCUCAGAAUUCUAGAAUAUUCUCGCAAUGGAGAGGAAUAUGCUCCUUCCAGAAUAUCCUUAUGCUCUUUAGAAGAUUCUCACAAAAACCCAUAACAAACCCUAACAGCAUGCUUACUAAAAUCCACAAUAUUAUUUGGAUU